AUGCUGCGAGGCAAGUCCAGGCUCAACGUGGAGUGGCUAGGCUACUCGCCCGGGCUACUCCUCGACGACGGGCCACCCCCACCGGGGCGCACGCCUCGGAACCCCAUUCGAAAUGAGAGUUCAUUGGCAUCUACCCUGAAGACUCUGCUGUUCUUCACAGCUUUAAUGAUCACUGUACCUAUUGGGUUGUAUUUCACCACUAAAUCUUAUGUUUUUGAAGGUGCCUUUGGGAUGUCCAAUAGGGAUAGCUAUUUUUAUGCUGCUAUUGUUGCCGUGGUUGCUGUCCAUGUGGUGCUGGCCCUCUUUGUCUAUGUGGCCUGGAAUGAAGGUUCACGACAGUGGCGUGAAGGCAAACAGGAUUAA